AUGUUUUCAAUGCUGACAGUCUAUAUUCUGUGAUAAACAGUGUUUGGAUUCUGUGGUGGGAGACUUCCAUAUCCGGCUUAAUGAAAAUGGGCGACGAGGAUGUAAUCAGACGACGGCUGCUCAUUGAUGGGGAUGGAACUGGUGAUGAUCGUAGACUCAAUGUCUUGCUGAAGUCCUUUAUCAAGUGGUGUAAUGCCACAAACGAACCUGGUGAAAGCCAGGUUCUUCAUGACCGGAUGCUGGCCCAACUUGCACAGUGUGAAUUUGCUGUGACAAAGUCAAGAUUGUCUGCUUUGAUGAGUGCAGCAGAACUUCAGAAUUAUGAGAACCUCUCACGGCAGAUUGAGACUGGAAUAGAAGCAGCAAAGCAAGAUAUUGAAAGCACAAAGCUCGAGUUCCAAGACGCAAAAACAGUUCGGAAGAACAGAAUUGAAUAUGAUGUGCUGGCAAAAGUGAUCAAUGAACAGCCAGAUCGGAAGGAAACAGACGAGAAACUGUCCCAGCUUCGGAAAGAGUUGGGCUUGUUGGAGGAGACACGUGAGCAACUGGAACGCAAGCUAGACAUGCGACGGAAACAGUUCCACGUUCUGGUAGCAUCCAUCCACCAGCUUCAGGCUAUGUUGGAUGACAGUGAGACAGAGGAGAUCAUGGAUGUGUCACUGGAGGCAUUUGAGGAUGACUUGUGUGAUGUGCAGAAGGCUGCUUCAUCUCAGCCAGAAGCCAUGGUUGAGUAGAGGGAAGGGACAUGACAUGUGCAGACUUGAAGUUGGCCAUAACCACUUCUCUUAUUACUCUUCAUUAUAAUCUGUAUGUCUUAGUGUGGUACUGUAACACAGAGGGUGGAGCACCUAGUUAUGUCCCCAUUUGUCUUUGAGGCCUAGUAUGAAUACUGAUGCAAGGUGGUGCUGCUAACUUGCAUCUUACAGACAAGAACUGCCUGGAGUGUCCAUCCCAUUGUGGUCUGGUCUUGUAGUUGCUGCCACAUCACUGGACAGACAAAUGUGUGAAAUUACAUGACAAUAUAGUGCUUGUAGAUUAGGUAUGUUAGGGUGGUUAUGACAGAUGGGACAAACAGGAAAUUUCUUGGAAAGAGAAACGAAGGAAGAGCACUGAAGUGGGGGAGUAAAUCAUUUUGCUGCAACAUUUACUUUGUUAUUUUUUGCAAAGUUUGGGAAAACUUUGUUAUUGUAGAAGGUAGUUCAAAACAUAUCUUAAAAGAAUAUGAUAAGCUUACAUUCAUGUCAAACAGUUGUAAGGUUACACCACCAAAUGAUUAAAGGAAAUUGGUGCCUUCAACUGCAGCGUCAUUCAACACCAAUUCCAAGAGAUGUGUGAAUUCGUACGCUAUCUCAACAUCUGAAAUGUAAAAUAAUUUUUGUGUGUAAUGAAAUCAACCAAACUGAAUAAAUUGUUUUGUACAUGCAUUCAAGUAUGUCCUACAUAA